GCAGUGGAGGGCUGGCGGCGCAGCGACGGCUACCUGGACGUGCUCGGCGACGGCUCGGGCGGCAAUCUCCAUCCCGCGGCGUUCUCCGAGAACGCAGAGGCGCCGCAGGAGAUGGCAGGCAUCGUGGCAGGCAUGCCUGGACCUCGCCAGACGGUGCCGCGCUCGGAGCUCUUCGCCUUCAUCCUGGCCCUGCGCUGCUCCGUCUUCCCCUUGCGGCACCACGCCGACAACGGGCCGCUCGUCCAGGGAUGGGCCCGCAGGAGGCGCCUGGCCCCGCAAGCCGAACGCUAA